GGAGAUUGGGGGGGGCUCAGAUUAGACAGGGUCUGUGUUUGCCCAGGAUGUCCUACUCAGUCUCAUCAAGGAUGAUGACUUUGGACUCCCAAAUGGUCCUCUACCUCCCAAGUGCUGGGAUGACAGGGGUACACUACCAUGUCCAGUUCCCAAUCCGACACUGUAGACACGAUGUUAAAAUAUUUUAUCUAUAUUGGACCACAUAAAAAUAUGUCAUUAAUUCUUUCUGUGUCUUUUCUUUGAGACAAGAUCUCUAACUAUCUGGCCUAUAACUUGAUAUGUAACCCAGGCUGGUCUUGAACUCAUAAAGAUUAAAAGCAUGUACCACACCUGGCUUACAAUGUAUUUCUAAUCAUGAACUCUUACCACUGAGCUACACGCCCCACCCCGAUGGUGUUCUAUUUCUAUUGGGCAGCCUAGCUAUGGCAUCUCCUUGUAUAGUAAUAUCUAUCCCAUCAUUUAUUAAAACAACAAAAACAAGCCAUGUUUGCUUUCGCUCAUCUUACUGUGGUCAGAAUCGACUCAGGAUAUAAAUUCAGGACUUAUUUUAAACUUUUGUUGUUUUUUGAGGCAGGGCCUUACUAUGCAGCCCAUGGUAACCUUGCACUUGUGUGACAUAGUCCAGGCUGGCAGAGGGAUUUGAAGUGAUCUUCAUGCCUUAGGCUCCUGAGUGCUGGGAUUAUAAGGACGAUCCAUCACCUCCUGGCUUUUAAACUUCUUUGUUAGCUUCCUGAUUUCAUUAAUCUUGGUGAAAGUAUAAUCUCUUUUUGCAUAAAGCAAAUCCUUCCUCAAAAAGACACUGACCUCAGAGUCCCCAGUGAUCUUAUUUCUGUGAUGAGGAAGUAGCUAAUCACACGAUGAUGGCGCCAUUUCUCUUUCCAGUCGGCAACUCAGUGUUCUGGGUCUGUGCCCUAAGGUCUGUGUCAAAGUGGGUUAUGUGGGCUCUAGUGCUAGCAGGUGCCAAGAUGCCCUGCAGAAGAGGACUUGGUGGGAGAGAAACCCAAGUUUAGGAUGGGCAGAAGAUUUGGGGAUGGCUCAUGUCAAACAAACCCAUGAAAAGGUAACAGAAAACACCAAUUUCGGAAGUCUGGCCGGGGAGGAGUGUCUCCCAAGGAGGUGGAUCUUAGCAUUUCUUGGUUCUGAAACCACAGCCAGACUGGUGUCCCGUGGAGGUUUAAGCUCUUGGGGGGCAGCGUUCUGACUGCUGCCUGGCGCUCAGGACAUUGCCUCGCCUAUCGGUUUAUCUCGCGCAAUCCUCAGGUGUUCUGCUGGCCUCCUCCGUGUAAUGGUAGGAACAGUGACUGCAUCAAAACUGAGACCCAGUGACUCCAGUUCAUGUCCAGUAUCCGGCACACUUUAGAUUUGUAAUUAUCUAGCCCAGCAGUUAACACCCUUACUUCUGAAGGAGAGUAGCGAUGUGAUGAUCAGAAUUCCUAGGAUGGUACUGUAGAAGUUUCCCCGGGGGCCGAGGGACAGCCAGGAUGGUGAAGUACUCAACUCAUAAGGACCAGAGUUCGAGACCCAAAACUAAUGCAGUAUCACAUAAUUGUAAUCCCAGUACUGGGAAGACAGAAUCAGGUAGAUCCCUGGAGCUCACUGACCAGCCUAAUCAUCCAACCCCAGGUCAGUGAGAUCCUGUCUCAGAAAAACAAGGUGGGAGCCAACUGUAGGGGUGACACAUGUCCUUAAUCCUAGCACUCAGGAGGCAGAGGCAGGUAGAUCUCUUGGAGUCCAAGGCCAGUCUAAUCUGCAUAGCAAGUUUCAGGACAUCAUGGUGAGACCAUGUAUGAAAACCAAAAUAGGCGUGUUCUGAGGAAGGGUCUCCGAGGCUGCCCUCUGGCCUACACAUGCAGACUUACACACAAGAACACAAACAUAAAUUCCCUGAGCAGAACAUGACACAGGCCCGUAAUCCUAAUGCUUGGGAGAAUGAGGCAGGCCAUCAUCUUAAGUUCAAGGCCAGCCUGGGCUCUGUAUUGAACACCAGCCAGAGCUGUAUAGCGAUUCCAUGUCUCAAAAAGUGCUUGCUAGCUGGGCGUAAUGGCACACACCUUUAUUCCAACACUUGGGAGGCAGAGGCAGGCAGAUACCUGAGUUCGAGGCUAGUCUGGUCUACAGAAUGGAUUCUGGGACAGCUAGAGCUACAAAGAGAAACAUGGUCUCAAAGAAACUAACCACACAAGUUUAAAAACAAAAAAGUACUUGCUAUGCAAGACCAACAACUUGAAUCUGAUCCCCAGAAUCUACGAUGGAGAAAAUCAACUUCUAAAAGUUGUCCUCUGACUUUUACAUGUGAGCCCACACUUACACACACAAACACACCAGCUCAUGCACACACACACACACACACACACACACACAUGCACCAGAUGGGUGUAGUGUCUCACAGCUAAAAUCCCAGCAUCUGGGAGUCUGAGGUGGAAGGUUACCACCUCAGAAUUUGAGUCCAGUCUGAGCUACACAGCCUGUACCAGACCAACCAGGGCCACAUAGGAAAAACCAGCCUAGAAGAUGGAAUUCUCUUGUCUAAAGACAGUAGAGGCUUCAGAGGUUUCUGGCUCAAGAGUUCAAAUUCCUGCUCUGGCCAUUUUCUAGCUGCAUGACCUUGGGUGAGUGACUUAACCAUUUUUUUUCUCUAUUCCUAUCUCUGUAAACUGUAGCUAAUAAAGCUAUGUGACUCAUGAAGUGGUUAUGAAAACAGCUUACUACAUGGACAUCAAAUGGAAACCAUUGUUAGAAUAUCCUAUUAUUAGUGAUUCCCAUGAACCACAGUGUCUUGAGCCUGCUCAGACAUCCAGUGAUAAAGAUGACAUUAGCUGAGCCUUUCCCAUGUGCCGAUGACCAACUGUGCUAGCUAGGAAUAACCAGUGGGGCGACUGUGCCCAUUUCAUACAGUGGAGUGGAAUAGGCGUUCACAGCUUUUGCCGGUCAUGUGAUUAGUGACUGCCACACUCGCACCAGGUGGCUAUCGGAGACUCCCUGGCAUCAGUUCGAGUUUACCAAGGACAGUGACCUGCUGUGUUUUUUAGGUGGGUGUUUGUGUGGGAAAAGGGCUACCAGGAAACUGACUCUGUGGUCAGCUCGGUGACGACCAAGGCCAAAGGCGUGGCUGUGACCAACACUUCUGAACUCGGAUUCCGGAUCUGGGAUGUGGCAGACUAUGUGAUUCCAGCCCAGGAGGAAAACUCGCUCUUCAUCAUGACCAACAUGAUCAUCACUGUGAACCAGACACAGAGCACCUGUCCAGAAGUUCCUGAUGAGACCACCAUCUGUAACUCAGACUUGAACUGCACUCUUGGCUCCACAGGCACCCACAGCAACGGAGUUGGGACAGGAAAAUGUGUCCCAUUCAACGAGUCCGUGAAGACCUGUGAGGUAGCAGCAUGGUGCCCAGUGGAGAACGACGCUGGCGUGCCCACGCCUGCUUUUUUAAAUGCUGCGGAAAACUUCACCCUCUUGGUAAAGAACAACAUCUGGUACCCCAAGUUUAAUUUCAGCAAGAGGAACAUUCUCCCCAACGUCACCUCUUCCUACCUCAAGUCGUGCAUCUAUGACGCGCAGACAGAUCCCUUCUGCCCCAUAUUCCGUCUUGGCAAAAUCGUGGAGGACGCAGGGCACAGCUUCCAGGACAUGGCAGUUGAGGGAGGCAUCAUGGGCAUUCAGGUCAAGUGGGACUGUAACCUGGACAGAGCGGCCUCCCUCUGCCUGCCCAGGUACUCCUUCCGGCGCCUCGACACCCGGGACCUGGAACACAAUGUGUCCCCUGGCUACAAUUUCAGGUUUGCCAAGUACUACAGGGACCUCGCCGGUAAUGAGCAGCGCACACUCAUCAAGGCAUAUGGCAUCCGCUUUGACAUCAUCGUGUUUGGAAAGGCUGGGAAGUUUGACAUCAUCCCUACCAUGAUCAACGUUGGCUCUGGCUUGGCACUGCUGGGGGUGGCGACUGUGCUAUGUGACGUCAUAGUCCUCUACUGCAUGAAGAAAAGAUACUACUACCGGGACAAGAAAUAUAAGUAUGUGGAAGACUACGAGCAGGGUCUCGCGGGCGAGAUGGACCAGUGAUGCCUGACCGUACACUUCAGCCCCACACAGCUCUCAUCAAAACAGUGAGAAGGGAGAAACGGCUGCUGAACUCUGCUCCUCCACUCCACACUCAGGGUUGCCUAGUGGGUCUUGUAUCAUUUUGGUUUUGUCAUUUUUGAGCCUGGGUCUUGCUUUGUGGCUCAGCUGAGUUUCAGACUCAGGAUCUUUCUGCUCCAGCCCCCAAGAGUGCUGGAAUUACAGAGGUACUUCACAGUACCCUUCUCCUUGUGGGUUUGGCAUUUUUUUAAAAAAUCUUUUACGGUUUCACCGUACGUACCUCAGGUUGGCCUCAAAGCCUAGACAUUCCUCCACCCUCUAGAGCCUUUAACCUCGCCUUGUGUGGAGGGCUCAUUUGUUCACUGCAGUGACCCCAGGCUGGACCCCAGCCAAGGGACUUGGUCCCAGAGGUGGAUGUCUAGGUGUGGGGUGUUUAUACAGUAUCAGCAUACUGAGGAAAUACAGCAGUCGGAGAGCUGAGGCACUGCUGUGACUUGUGGGGCUGCCACCUUCUCCAGCGUCUCCGGGACCGGCUCCCUCGGAAGUCCUGGUCCUCUGAGGCACAGCGGCUUUGUCCAAGCACUUUAUAAGGAGGGGGUUCUCCAGGUGUCGCUGGCAGGCCUGGGGCACGGCUCCUCUUCCCUGUAACUAGACUCUGCCCCUUGUGACAAAGGCAGAGUUAGCUUUCCCUUUCAGAAGGGCUAUGUUGAAAUGACUGAGGACCAAACAUUAAAUGACAUUAAAAUCCU